CCUAGUCCUACUCCAGCCGUCCCAGCCGCUGUCCAACCCCUCCGCCGGGGUUUGUGCAGCGGCUUGCACACCCCUCGGCCAGUGUACGCGCUUUGCACCUGCCUGCCCGAAAACAUGUUGCAGAAACCAGAGAGCGGGGGUCUCCCUAUCCCUCAGGCGGAGGGGGAGAUGGAUGGUGGCCACGACAGUGAGACCCAGGCCCUGACCGCCUCGCAGGAGGUGGCCCCGAGCCCCCUCCUCCGAGAGAGCCCCGAGGAGGACCUUGGCGCUGUAAGGCAGGAGGGGGCUGCGGAGCCCUCCAUCACCCUGAAAGGUGCGAGGGCUUUGGCAGCCAAAACCUCGGCCCGGCGCAGGGCCUGCCUCCGUCUGGAUCAGACGGUGACCGAGUUGGUGCAGUUUCUGCUGGUGAAGGACAGGAAGAAGAGUCCCAUCACCCUCUCCGAGAUGGUGAAAUACAUUAUCAGAGACUUAAAGGAUCUGUUCCCUGAGAUCAUCGCAAGGGCCGCAGAGCAUCUGCGGUAUGUCUUUGGUUUCAAGCUGAAACAGCUUGACCGCAAGCACCACACUUACAUCCUGAUUAGCAAACUAAAACCUGAGGAGGAGGAGGAGGAUCUGGGAGGAGAUGGCCCCAGACUGGGUCUUUUAAUGAUGAUCUUGGGCUUUGUCUACAUGAAAGGUAAUAGCGCCAGGGAGGCACAGGUCUGGGAGAUGCUGCGUCGGUUGGAGGUGCGUCCCUCAAAGUAUCACCUCCUCUUUGGGUACCCGAGGAGGCUUAUUACAGAAGAUUUCGUGCAGCUGAGAUACCUCAAUUACCGGCGUGUUUCUCACACCAAUCCACCGGCAUGUGAAUUCUCUUGGGGUCCCCGAAGCAACCUGGAAACCGGCAAGAUGAAAGUCCUGGGGUUCGUGGCCAGGCUCCAUAAGAAAGAACCCCAACACUGGCCAGUGCAGUACCGUGAAGCCCUGGCAGAAGAGGCUGACAGGGGCAAUGUGGGGGCUAGGGCCAGGGCAAAUGCUAAUGCUGGGGCCGGCAUCCACCCCUGGUGAGGGCCAGCCAGAGGUGGGGCGGGGGGAAGUUGGCUAUAAAAGCUACUGUCUGAGUCAUAAGUAGACUAGGUGGGAAGAAGGUCGUUAUUUCUGUAGCAGUUGUAUUCGUGUAA